AGUUUCUAUAAAAACCCAUGGUGUCACAUAAGAUCUCUGCUGCAGUCACAGGAGCAGUUGGUUAUUCUACAUAUCAUUUCUUUUUUCAGGAACCAAAACUAAACAGGAGAUCAUGGCAAGUGCAGACUGGGGAUAUGAUGCCAAAAACGGUCCUGACCAAUGGAGCAAGCUGUAUCCCAUUGCCAAUGGAAACAACCAGUCUCCAGUUGACAUCAAAACCAGUGAAGUCAAACAUGACACCUCUCUGAAACCUAUCAGUGUCACCUAUAAUCCUGCAACUGCCAAAGAAAUUGUUAAUGUGGGACAUUCCUUCCAAGUAGUUUUUGAUGACAGCGGUAACCAAUCUGUUCUGAAAGGGGGCCCUCUCUCUGAUACCUAUCGGCUUGUCCAGUUCCAUUUUCACUGGGGCAACUCCAACGACCAUGGAUCUGAGCAUACCGUGGAUGGAGUCAAAUAUUCUGGAGAGCUUCACAUAGUUCACUGGAAUUCAGCCAAGUACUCCAGUGCUGCGGAAGCCAUCUCAAAGGCGGAUGGGCUAGCAAUCCUUGGUGUCUUGGUGAAGGUUGGUCCAACCAACCCAAAUCUGCAGAAAGUACUCGAUGCCCUAAACUCAGUUAAAACUAAGGGAAAACGAGCCCCAUUCACAAAUUUUGACCCAUCCUGUCUCCUUCCUUCAUCCCGGGAUUACUGGACUUAUUUUGGCUCUCUGACUCACCCUCCUCUUCAUGAAAGUGUGACCUGGUUCAUCCUCAAGGAGAGCAUCAAUGCCAGCCCUGAGCAGCUGGCACAGCUCCGCAGUGUUCUGUCAAAUGCAGAGGGAGAGGCAGAAGUUCCUAUUCUGAGCAACCACCGUCCAACCCAGCCCCUGAAGGGCAGAACAGUGACAGCCUCAUUUUGAGACCCGGCAGGGAGGAAUCCUCCAUCAGGAACCCGUCCCUCUGCAGACAUCAUCCAGUACAGUAAUCAAUGUUAAGAAACAAAGUUAUUCCUGUGCUAGCAAGACAGCAUACCUUCAAAUUUAAUCCAUAAAGCUAAAAGCCAUUCAUUUUAAUUCCUGGUGUUAAUGCAGAUAAUCCAUAAGCUUGCCGAUUGUAAUCUCUAAACAAGCACUGUGACUAAUGUCUCUCUGUUUAAUGUUUCAUAAGAAAAUCACAAUUAAGGGAUUUCCCUUUCUCCUCUCUCCGGUUUAAUUGAACCAAUAAAAUGGCUUUCUCUCUUC